AGGAGGCAUUUCCUUGACGUUGAAUCGGGGUAUCUAGUUUGAAGAUGAAAUUCUCGCCCGGACCCAUUUGACCAUCGACUAUGAGAAUUUACCGAGUGAGUUCGCAGAGAUCUCUGGUCAACGUUUCUGUCCAAGGCAUGUACGACGGAAGGCCCUGUUGUGGUGAGGAACAACCUUUGACAAUUGUAGUCUUUGGCUCUAAUCGAAUAACAGAUUUUGGAAGGAGUUCGGUCGACAGGGUAUGGUUGAUGGGAUGUAUCUCUAGCUGCAAAGCCUGGGAAGGUCGUGUAGAUAAUUCCGCUGCCCAAGCCUGCUGUGCGGUCGCGCUCUUGCAACAUGUAGGGUUCGUGUUGCAAAAUGUGUAUUUAGUACUCGGUGUAAGUUAAAGCCACGACGUCUUGUGGCGGAAUGCUUU